AUGCCAACGCCAAGUGCCUCUACCAGCGGUGUGGCAGAUAGUGAGCGCAGUGAGAGCCCACGCCGUCCGCUUCCCCAAGUUAGGGUUCCUGUCUUUCCGCAAUCCAGCAGACCACAGGGUAAGAAGAAGCGUGUGCAGGACGCAGAGACGCCAUCGCCAUGGCACCGAAUGACGAAGAGAGCGCGGAAAGCUUACACCGCCAAAGAGAAACUGUACUGGCUCAAGAUGAUAGAUGCGCAGCCGGAUCUGAGCGUCCGCAAGCUGGCCAGCCUCGCCAAAGUGGAGGUGAUGGACGAUGUGUGCGAGGAGGAGCUGGACGAGCUCGUCCCCAACCCUUUCUACUCUGACCCUGCUGCCACUGCUGACAGGGACAGCGAUGCUGAGCUGGUGGCGGAAGCUGGAGAGGAGGAUGCCAAGGAGGAGGAGGAGGAGGAGGAGGAGGAGGAGGAGGAGGAGGAGGAGGAGGAGGAGGAGGAGGAAUGGGAGGAGGAGGAGGAGAAGGAGGAGGAGGAGGAGGAGGAGGAGGAGGAGGAGGAGGAGGAGGAGGAGGAGGAGGAGGAGGAGGAGGAGGAGGAGGAGGACAACGGUGGGGACGCGGAAGAGGUGGGGGCUGGAGGGGGAUGGCAGGAUGAAGGCGAUGAAUGGUGGGCUGAAGGGCGAUAUGAUGGGGAGGAGGCGGAGACCUGGGUUGCUGGGCAGGAUGAGGAUUAG